UUUGGUUAAAUUUUGAAGCAAAACUCAAACCCGGUCCAGAAAUCUACGGCACAGUUGUCCGAAGUCCGAACAACAUUAGCCGCACAAACACAGCUUCACCUUUCCAUCAAGAACUUCAGAACAAACCCACAACUCGCAACCAAGAGCUCAACUCAAACUCAACCUUGAAAUGAAAGAAGAAGGGGCAGUGAAGUAAAAGCAACAGCAAUAAAUAAAAAGCCAAAGCAAGAGGCCAUGAAAUCAGCUACAUUUCCGUUUGGCGGUUGCGGUUAUGCUUUACCGUCUCCAUCUCCAUCUUCCUCUUCAUUGAAGAUUGUUAUAAUUAUGGCUAAGAGCAGCAAAAAGUCGCCAACUUCUUCCCCAAAGGAUUCUGAUCCAACGCCUCCGAGAAUUACGUCUAAUGUCAAACAGAAUUUACAGUUUUUGAAGUUAUGGAAGGAGUUCCAAAAGAGGAAGUCUAGCACACCCCGGCCUUCUACGAGUUACCGCCGGAAAAGAAUCGAGAAGGAGGAACUUCCUGAAGAUACUGAGCUCUAUCGCGAUCCUACCACAACCCUUUACUAUACAAACCAGGGCAUAGUCGAUGCAGUUCCUGUCUUGCUUGUAGAUGGGUAUAAUGUGUGUGGCUAUUGGCCAAAGCUGAAGAAGCAUUUUAUGAAAGCAAGGCUAGAUGUUGCUCGCCAGAAGCUAAUCGAUGAACUUAUCACAUUUAGUAUGUUAAGAGAGGUGAAAGUGGUUGUUGUAUUCGAUGCUAUGUUGUCUGGACUCGCUACACACAAGGAAAGUUUUGCCGGGAUUGAUAUAGUUUUCUCUGGAGAAACAUGUGCUGAUUCAUGGAUUGAGAAAGAGAUUGUAGCUUUGAAGGAAGAUGGAUGCCCCAGAGUCUGGGUUGUGACUUCUGAUCACUGUCAUCAGCAUGCGGCCCAUGGAGCAGGAGCCUUUGUGUGGAGUUGUAAGGCAUUGGUUUCUGAGCAAAUCCUCUCAUAUUUGCCACAAAUGAAUUACAGAUUAAAACAUCACAGAAGGAGGUUGAGAUGAUGUUUCGAGAACAGAGAUCUACUUCGUUUCAAGGUAGAUUAUUGAAGCACAAUCUUGAUUCUGAAGUUUUGGGUGCUCUUAAAGAUAUGAGGAAUAAGCUAUCAGAGAAUGAGUCAAACUCGAAAUAGCUCAUCUUACUUAAACUUUGUAUCAUACCCUUUCUGCGGACCAUGCUUAUGGCAAGUACAUGAAUCCAUUACCUAAACAUAGAACAAAAUUCUCAUUCAAAAAAUGGAGUAAAGGUUAUUCAUAAUUAGCUGCCACAACCAGAAUAGAGCUCCAAUUUCAUUCAUUAUGACCUGUAUAUUAAGAGAUCCCAGAUGAUGGUGGCAUCAAUUAGUGUAUAGAGACCGGUAGCACAAAAUCGGCGCUUUCUUUUUGCCAGAGUAAGAGGUGCCGUAAUGUAUUUGUUCCCAAACCAUACUUUGCUUAUGAUUUUUUCAGGUUCCCUUUUUAAUGUAUGAUUGUAAUAAGUUUCUUAUUUUCUCUACCAGAAUAUCAACUUUGACAAUUUUCUGUACAUGCUGCACUUAUUCACGGUCCAAUUCCUGUACUGAAAUGUGUUAUCGACAAGUAUCAUUGUUUCUAAAUGAGGAUUGAUAGCUCUUACUUUCAGUACUUGAAAGAGAAGGGGAUA